CCCCCGAACCCUCCCCACCCCACCACUCACGUUGUUGCAGGAGUUGAGUCUCUGCUGCCCAGGGAGGGCUCCAGACAUGUCCACCAAGGCGCCCAUAUACCUGAAGCGGCGGAGCAGGAAGGGUAAGAAAGAAAAGCUGCGGGACAUCCUCUCCUCGGACAUGAUCAGUCCUCCGCUUGGGGACUUCCGCCACACCAUCCACAUCGGCAGCGGCGGGGGGGAGGACAACCUAUUUGGGGACCUGUCCUUCCUGGAGGGGAAGUUCCACCUGCUCCCUGGGCAACAGGGCGACUGCCUAUCCCAGCGCUCUUCCAUGUAUGCAGAGCCCUUCCAGUUCAGCCAUACUGCCAGCGUCAGCGGACACACAGCCUCCUCAGAGAGCUCCCCCCUUCUGAAGAACGCCCUCUCUCUGCCUGUCAUUGGAGGGCUGCAGGCCAUCACCCUGCCCGUCACCUCUGCACCCCCCACUGUCCCCCACCCGCCUCAGAACGCAGCCCCCCCACCCAAACCUCCUCGACUGCACCUGGAUGACAAGAUCCUGAUGUCCCAUCACCCAGGCCUGGACUCCCCCUUGGCCCAGACUCCCAGCAGGACUUCCCAGUUCUGCCCACCCUCUCCCAGGUUUUCAUCAGACAACGAUGUGUGUAUCCAGGACCCCUAUCUGGAUGACCGGGUUCAGGAGCGUCCCUACUUGUCCAACGCAGGCUCCCUGCUUUCCCUGCACCUGGACCUGGGCCCCUCCAUCCUGGAUGACGUGCUGCAGAUCAUGGACCGCCAGCGCCUCAAUGGCCUCAACGGAACCUGUCUGCAGGGAGGACGGCAAGAGCUCUACACCUGACCAUGGGAAGUCCUCCUCCCUCGGUCCUCUGUCCCUCGUAGUGUAACACAGGAGAUUCUGACCUCAACCAGGCCUUGCUUGAUCACAAGGCUGGGUUUGUACAGUAGUUUGCUCAUAUUAAGUGCUUUUUUUCUGGAACUUAACAUCAGUUUCUGUUAGUGUUUUAAUUGAUAUUGAAUAUCUUUCUACACUUUUCCAUAUUUGAAUUACUUAAUGUAGGAAGUGUUGUCUAAUGAGGUGACAUGAGACAAAAGCUGACUGUUAAAUCUCAUUUGCCCUUCCUCCAAAGAGUACAUGAAGAGACUGGGGAAAGAAUACACUGCUGGUCAGGAACUGAGGUCAGCAUAUAUCUAUCUGUUUGGGCCAAUAUGUCAGUGGGAAAGGUAUGGUAAACCUGAAGGUCAGUGUUAGAUCUUUUUUUUUACUGCACCUGAGCUGUAGACUACUCUACGUACUCCGAAGAUCACAGUUUGCUGCGCGUGUCCUACAGAUUUAUCCAGCUUAUGAAGCUAUUCUGGAACAGACAUUCUAUUCAGACUCUACUUGAUUGGGGAUAUUGUUCUCAAAGACACACACUUACGGAAAGAUGAACUGUACGACAGGGAUGAUGUCAUCUCUGCAAGGACAGAGAGCCAGAGUGGGAGAGGAGGUCACCUCCCUGAGUCUCGGUCUUCAGCUUUUGUUCAUUUUUUACUGCAAGAUUGUGAAAGUUGUAACUUUGUAUCAGGAGAGACACUGAGUGUUGGAGAGUGCAGUUCCAUAUCUGUCGUCCUCUCGGCAGAUCUACAGAGCAAAGCGCUCUGUUUUUACUGGCUCUCAGACUCUGGUCAUUGAGAUGUUGGACACGCUUUGAUUCACAACCUGAGACUGCUCAUAAAGAGAUUAUCAUCGCUGUAGCCAUCCAAGUCCUUGUGUUGCUCCAACUAUCUCUGUACCAACACAGAAAAGUUCACAAUCAGACUAUUACCAAUGUUAUUUGGAAUUCUAGUUGCAAGAUACAUACUUCAGUGUUUGCAGUACAAUACAGCGUAGAGUUGCUGGAACACCAAUUGCUGCAUGGGGUAUAUAUUUUUCUAUUUCAAUGUAGCAAUCAACUGGAUAAUGAUAACAGGUUAAUGAUUCUUCACAAACCCAAUAAGAAAUGCUUUAUUAUUUGCACCCAAAGGUGCACUGAUUCACUUCAACAUUGUACAAAUUAUUUCAAAAGUGAAAUGCUAGAUAAUUUAGAACAUAUGUUGGUUCUUUGAUAACGGUGGACCAAUGAUGUGCAGGUCUACCUUAAGAAUGGCAAAAAAAUGCUGGAUACCCGUUAACCCAUUUAUAAUGUACCCAACAGGGGUUCUAUACAUUACAUGUCCUACUGUAGGCUAACAUACACUACAUGAAUGCAUAACGCUAAACAAUAUCAUUAUAGUAUUAUAUUUGAUUAAUCUCAUAGUAGAUCAAAUGUCUUGAUACUUUCACACACUUACUAAAGCACUAUAAACCUGUUGGCAUUGUAACUGCAUAUAUCUACGUUAAUUACAGCUUUUAAACUGCUCUAUAAUUUCUGCUUACUUUUGGAUAUCAACUCAUCAGAUCAAAUCUAUCAAAAUCUAAUGUUCUCACUCCAUACAUAUCCACCCUGUCACCGGCGGCCAGUAGCACCUUAAUUGAAGAGGAUGGGCUCAUUUUUUAAAAACUAACUAGGCAAGUCAGUUAAGCACAAAUUCUUAUUUUACAAUGACUGCCCAAACCCUCCCCUAACCCGGACGACGCUGGGCUAAUUGUGCGCCGUCCUAUGGGACUCCCGAUCACGGCCUGUUGUGAUACAGCCCGGGAUCAAACCAGAGUCUGUAGUGACGCCUCUUGCACUGAGAUGCAGUGCCUUAGACCGCUGCGCCACUCAGGAGUAAAUCAUAGUAAUGGCUUGAACGGAAUAAAUGGAUUGGUAUUUAACACAUCAAAUAAAUGGUUUCCAUGUGUUUGAUACCAUUCCAUUCACUCCAUUCCAGCCAUUAUUAUGAGUCAUCCUCCCCUCAGCAGCCUCCUGUGCACCCUGUGCAUGCUCAAGUGAUUACUAAAUUAGAUGGAAAAUAAUUUGGGCUCCAUAGCUGACAUGUUGAGAAGAAGACUAUAUUAAUAGACAUAUGUUGCAGAGAGAGAGAGAGAGGAUGUGAUUAGAGGUGCUGCAGUGCAGUCUGUUUGGACUCUGAGAGAGAGAGAGAGAGAGAGAGAGAGAGAGAGAGAGAGAGAGAGAGAGAGAGAGAGA